UCAAAAAACGAAAGAGCAUCUCAAAUGUUUGCAGUAUAAUCUGGAGUGAUUGUACCCAGCUAACAAAAUCAAGUAGCAAAAUAGAAAGAGUAGAGAAGGAAUCGGUCUAAAUCUGAUGAUGGAAAAUGAGGAACAUAGAGAGGAUUCGGGCGAGAAAUCAGAUUUGGAGAGAAGAGCGCAGCAUUCAAAAUAUGAUGAUCUAGAUUUACAUAUAAGGUUUGAAUUUCAAAAAUUGAAUUCAAGGCCGUAUAUAAAGGAAAUCGCAAUCUUUGUUGAAUUCUGGGGUUUAGAUUUGUAUUUUCUGAAAUCUCACACGUUUCCAGCUCUGGUUUCCUCAAACCCCUCAGAUUCUGUGAUUUAUUGUUAAUAAAGAAAAAUAUGAUUUCGAUAUGGCGUGUCGCUUACCAUUUAUGAUUGCAUUCCCCUUUAAAUCCGCCAAGAAUUCUCCUCAAUUUUGAUGGAUCGGAGGGAGAAUGGCUCAAGAACAGCAGCAACACAUUGUCAGCAGCAGCGACAGUGAGAGAUCGAGAAAUGUUAAGCUGAAGAAGAAAAUCCCGCAGCGAGGGUUAGGCGUUGCGCAGCUCGAGAAAAUCAGAGUGGAGGAGCUGAUGAAGAAGGAGGUCCUUGCAGCACCCAACGCCAUCGGUUCGGUUACUGAUGCAACUCCUUCGCCGUCGCCGCUCAAUUUCCGAUCAUCAAACACGCUGUGUAGAUCGUGGACUGCCGAUCACGAUCAUCGGAAUACUAAUGCUGCUGGAUUCCGGCCUCCCGUGAAUUUGAAUGCUUCUGCUUCUGCUUCUGCUUCUGCUUCUGCUGCUGCUCUGCCGUCGGUGCCUCACAGAUUCUUCCGUUUUCAACAACCUGCUUCUCCGCUGGUGAAUCCAUAUUCAUCAUCAGCCCUCCAUAUGGAGCCCCCUUCAAACCAAAACCAUUUGCAUUGUAGUAACAGCUAUGCAUCCUCGUCGUUGCCGUGGCCAGAGAUGGUAGGGAUGAAGCGGCCGUACCCCUUCUUUCUUGAAAGUCUGCCAGGGGCUCAUUUAGAAUCAGGAUACGAUGAACUAGCUUCUUGUGGCAGUGGAUAUGCAGCCCAAAAGGGACCAAGAAAUGUAUACACGAGCUAUUGUAGAGAUGGUCCAUCAAACUCAAGCACUCCAUCUGAGCAGGGUUCAACGAGGGAUGACGGGAGGCUAGACGGUGACUUCCUAACCUUGGCGCUUCCUCCUCCAAACUCAAAGCAUGCCUAUGCUAUAGAUGACUUUGGUUGUCAGUGGCCAGAGGAUGAUGAGAGAAGGCAAGGUCAUCGUUUGAUAGCAAGUAGAUCAAUGGAAGAGCCCUUCAACUUGUUUCCGGCUAGGCCAGAAAGUGGUGGGGACAAGGGAGAAGCCAUUGAUCUCAAUUUGAAGCUUUAGAAUGUCAGGAGAGAAGUAGAUUACCCGCCUAUUUGGGAAGUGCUAGAAGCUUCCUCGUGUGAUGUGUGUUAGUUAUAUUAUUUGGUCGAGUCUUUUUUAUGGAUUAGAUAUGAUUGAGUCUCGUGAAUGUUGUUUGGUUGAGUAGUCAUGGCCCGAUUGCCACGUAGGGUUAGUGUUGGCUUAAUCAUGGGUAAUUUCCAAACAAUUUAAUCUUAAGCUAUUCAACUCCAUAUCUGUGUAUUA